GUAGUGUGUUAUAACAACAACGAGAAACGAAACUGCACAUAAACAGCAGAGCAUAUCGAGCACCAGAAAGUAAGAGCUCACCGAGGAAGAAGACGACGAUGGGCGGUCAAGGAGAUGUCACGGUGUUGCGCACAGUGGUGAGCCCGUUCGCGCUCCGCGUACGCAUGGCGCUGUACCUCAAGGGCGUGAGCUACGAGUACCUGGAGCAGAACGUGUUCGACAAGGGCGAGCUCCUCGUGGCGUCCAACCCGGUGCACAAGAAGGUCCCCGUGCUCAUCCACGGCGGCAAGCCCGUCUGCGAGUCGGUCGCCAUCGUGCAGUACGUCGACGAGUUCUGGAGCGGCGCCGGGUUCGCCUCGAUCCUCCCCGCCGACCCCUACGACCGCGCCGUCGCUCGCUUCUGGGCAGCCUACGUCGACGACAAGCUGGUCGCUGCGGUGUUAGGCAUCUUGCGCGCGGCGACGGAGGAGGAGAGAGAUGAGAAGGUCGAGGCCGCGCACGCGGUGGUCGCGCCCAUGGAGGAGGCCUUCGCCACGUGCUCGAAGGGUAAGGCUUUCUUCUCCGGCGGCGACUCCGUCGGGUACCUCGACCUCGCGCUCGGGUGCCACCUGUUCUGGCUUGAAACGCUUCGGUCGAUGUUCGGCGUGACCGUCAUCGACGCCGGCAGGACUCCGCAAUUGGCCGCGUGGGCUGAGAGGUUCCUGGAUACCAAGGCGGCCAAGGAAGUGACGCCGCCCACUAACAGCGUGGAGGAGUACGCCGGUAAGCUGCAAGCUAUCUGGGCUGCUGCCGCAUCUGCAAAAUAAAUGGCUCAGAAGUUCUUCGAUCUUGACUCUUGAGAUGUAUGGAAUGGUCUCUGCGUGGUGGAAUGUCUGAACAGAGUUUGUUCCGAAGGGUGUAAUCUCAGUUCCCCCGAAAGUGUUUCUGAAUUUCAUCAAUUUCUAUCAACCUCUUGAUUUUCA